GUGUGCCAAGGAGGAGGGCUUUUUUAGAGUGCCACCCUCCAAAAAUAAGCAGAAACUCCCCUUAGGAGUGGAGCAGUAUCCCUGCGCUGCGCAUCAAUGUUCUGCCAGCAAACCACCAUGGAUGCUUGGGGCAUUUCUUCUUCCAGAGGUCUCCUGACUUACUGCUUGAUGCCACUGUUCUUUUCCAGAUGGCCAGGUGUCAGAGGUCAGCAGCUGGAGAUAAUACAGAGCCCAGAAUCCUUGUCGGUGUCAGCAGGAGAGGAGCUCACACUGAGUUGUACACUGAGUGGGAUCGGUCUACCAGGAGGAGUCAAGUGGCACAGAGGCCUAGACAGAAUCCAGCCAGCCAUUUAUAGUCAAAAAGGAGAGUCUUCCCCCCGAGUGACAAGGGUUGUUCCUGGAUCCCUCAAUGACUUCUCCAUCACCAUCAAAAAUGUUCGACCCGAGGAUGCAGGAACCUAUUACUGUGUGAAAUACAGACAAAGAUCAGGGAGCCCAGAGACAGAAGAAACUGCUGGAAAAGGCACCGUGGUUUCUGUGAUUGCCACGCCUUCACAGCCAUCUAUCCAAGGACCCACCAGCAGAGUGGAGUCGGGAGCCUCAGUGACUUUCAACUGCACUUCGGAUCGGUUCUCUCCCCGAGACAUCGCAGUCACCUGGUGGAAGGACGGGAGGCCCAUCCAACCCUUGCAGACCACUGUUCUACCAGAAGGAGAGAGCAUCUCCUAUCAGGUUUUGAGCACUGUGGAAGUACAGCUCACAAAAGAGGAUGUGAAGUCACAACUUGUCUGCCAGAUCAACCACAACACUUUAAGAAGUCCCUUGAAGCAAGGCUUUAGAGUCGGGGAUGUCCUCAGAGUUCCACCUAACAUACGAGUAGAAACCAUUCCGCCGCCUCCCAUCCAGCUGAACGACACUGUGACCAUCACCUGCAGCGUGGAAAAUUUUUAUCCGAAUGACACAACCCUGGUCUGGCUUGAGAAUAACAACAAGAGUGAAAUAGGAACUGACGAACCCAUGACCCAGAACUGGGAUGGGACAUCCUCUCUGAAGAGUUCCCUGGCCGUGAAGGCAACUGAAGAGAGGAAUUUGUCGGUAUUUGCUUGCCUGGUCAGACAUAAUUCUCAGCCUCCAGUUAACAAAACAGCAACACUGAUCAUUCGAGCACAGACUGAGGGAGAUGAGAGUGCCGAUACUCCUGGACCAGGUGAAGCAAGCAUCUUCAUCAUUGUUGCAGUGGUUUGUCUGCUCCUUGUAGUGUUGGUGGUUGCAAUCAUCUACCUCGUCCUAGCAAGGCAUCACAAAGGUAAAGACCCUACCUCCGUAAGGCUACAUGAAUCUGAGAAGACUUCUGGAGUGACAAAUCAGGAACCUGAUCCCAACAAUGUCACAUAUGCGGACUUGAACUUUGAGAAGGCCCCCCAGAAGAGCCCCCGCCAAGUGGUUGAAAUUAGCCAGCAGUCUGAGUAUGCCAGCAUCCAGGCUGCCAAGCCUCCUGCCAAUGAUGAGAAUGUUACCUAUGCAGACUUAGACAUGGUUCACCUAAGCAAAGCACCCAAGAGACCUGCCCCGAAACCAGAGGAAGCCAGCUCAGAAUAUGCCAGCGUGCAGGUACAGAGCAAGUGAUCCCUGGCAAUGGUCGCUGGCUGUCCGUGGCUUCCUGACCCUCUUGCAGGGUUGUUGGAUGCCUCCUGGCUGGGCUUGGAUUCUUGGCCUUGGUCUCAUGCUGGUUCUCAAUGGAGGAGUGAAGGGAUUUGCCUGGUGUGGUUCCUGCAACUUCUUUUAAGUGGAACUUAAUGUACGUAGCCAAGGUCAAGGAAGGAAACUAAUCGGUGCUACACACAAUUGCAUCCUGGUAUUUGGGCUAGUUCAUGGUGCCUCUUCAUCCCCUGCUUUCUAGGUAGAUGGAAGAGGCCUAGACCAACUAAGGAUCUAACACAGCUUUUAUCACUGGAACGAUAACUCUUCUUUUAGUUCAUCCAACACUGCACAGAGCCAGAGCUGCACGAUGGCAAGUGGUCACUCAUAGGCAGGUGGGAUGUCAUCUUCAGCUCUUCCUGCUGGAGGCCUUCUCCCCAUUUCCUUUCAAGACAACUGUGUCCUCUCUGCUACCAUCACCUUGAGACGCCUUCUCCAGAGCAAAACUACACCGGCAGCCCCAGCUAGCUGUGUGGAGUAGAAGCUAUUGGACACCAUCCCUAUCAAGAUGCUUGAUCAGAGAUCACGAUAAUGUGGGAGAAAGAAAUGGUCCUUUUCCAGCUUCCCUAGGAAGUGGAUCUCGUGACCAUGAUUAUGUCUGUUUCACUUUAUAUUGCUGUUGUCCACAGAUAAGUUCUUUUCUUCCCCUUGACAAUAUGUCUUGGGACAGUGCCUCUUCGAGAUACAGCGACUUGUUCCAGAUUAUCCCUUUCCCCAUCUCUCGCUGGCAAAGCCAAAUCUGUAGAAACCAUUUAGAUUUGUUGACCUCCAUGCCCCCUCUUUUUGGUUUUAAUUUGGGUUGUUUAAAUUCAUCCCUAAAUGUUCCUAGUGUUGGGGGCCUUGCACACACAUAAAAGGCUCUGGGAUAGGCUCGGGCCUUAGAAUAUUAGAGAUCAUGUUGAGGAAUCAUGCCAGCGCCUGUCUUUUCCAUUUACCUAUUUCUUGACCCUCUCCCAGAUUUGGCUAAAUGAGGAGGAAACCUUAGUAAUAAAAUCUAAUGUCUUUCCUUCCAUUUCCCUCUUCAUCUAUUUCCUGACACUCUCCCAAAUCUGGCUAAAUAAGGAAACAACCUUAGUAAUAAAAUCUAAGGUCUAUGCUUCCAUUUUGCUCUUCAUCACCUUCUGGACCCAAAUCUAGCAAAAUGGGGAUGCAACUAUAGUAAGAGUAUACAAGGUCUACAGUACAUAAUUCCUCUGUAUGUCCAUGUGCCUGUGAGAGUGUAUUUUUCUAAGAGGUAAUCUUCCACCACCAACCAUCAAACCCAAGGCAGCUUGCAUGGUCUAAGAAGACCGUACCCCAAAAGCCAGUCGUAGUUCUCCAGUAUAGCACCCCUACCCAUUCCUUUCCUCUACCGUUGCACCACAAUAGCUGCAAAACUAGAAAGCUUCCUCCCUCUCGGACCUGCUACUCUACUUAGAUUCCAUCCUGGUCUGGUGUGCGUGCGCGUGUGUUUUAAAGUGUGGCAGCUGUUUUGUUUUGUUCUCCCCGCCCCCCACCCCCCACUACUCACAAAUCUGCAGUAACACAAACCAGAGGACACUAUGCUGUGACUACAGGGAGGAGCAAUUCAUGAUAGCUGGGCAAUGACUAUGAAGGGAAGAGGCAAGGGGGCCUCUUGAGGAGCUGCUGAUAGAGUGGUGGAGUAGAGAGCCAGACACUCCUACCCAUCACUGACUGGGGGAGAAGGGGCUUUGCUUUUCAAGCAUCACCAUCCAAGAUCCAGAUGCUUAGGCAGCCUGCUGCACCUUGACCUUACACCUUUCAGGAGCCCAGAUCAUGUCUCCUACCCACCCCUUCCCCCUGUACAUUAUGCGGGGGGCAGGACCAUGUCUGCCUUUCAGUGUUUCCGUCUUGGCCAAAUCCAUGGGAUUGAUCUUUGCCUCCUUUGGUCUUGCUCAUUUUUCAUUCCAGAAGUGCGGUUGAUGAAUUUGGGAAGGCCACGUGUUGUUUUUUUAAGAGCACCUCUUUAUGGGAGAGGGGUAUAAGGGACUCCCCCUAAAGAGGUGGUCAUCCCACCUGUGUUGACUGUUCAGCAUUAUAACUGUUUACUCCUUUUAGAACUAAAAAAAACAGUAUUUGUGUACGUUCUUUGUAAGUGGGUGUAGUACUGUGUACUUAGCACUAGUGUGAAAAGCACAAAAAAAAAAGCAAAGCAAGACGUAUAGCGUGAUGGAGAAGAAGUAAGCUCUAAACGGUCCGAUCUCCAAGGCUGAGACAUCUUAACCCACCCGCUGUGACUCCUGCUGCCAGUAACCAAAAUGACUCCUCUCUCUUUCUUCUUCUUCUUUUUGCUGUUGAUUUCUUUCGUUUUGUUUUUGUGGCUGUGUGUUCCUCUUUAUUACAAUGCAGUUUAGGAACUAACAGUUUGUGGGCAUAAAAGGAAGUAGAGAAAUGGGAACAAACCAUGUUGUCAAAGUGACGUCUUCCGAAUGCUCUACCACUGAUCUUCCACCCACCUUUUAGUUCCAUCUUUCAGUUGAGGAGCUUUCAAGAUCUAGGGAGAAGAUCUUCAAAACUCAGAGCAGGUAGACCCUAGAGAAAUUUUGCAGACAAAGGACAACCCUCCCUAGACCUUUUCAUGUCUUCUGCAAUAUACAGCUGGAUCUCUGCAUAGCUGGUCCAAUUUAGUUCAGUACAAUAAUAUCCUGCUCUUCUUUCUGGGAAGACACAAACAUGAAUGUGUCUUGAGACACAGGAGAGGCUCCUCUUUUCAUCUCAAGAGAGUGAAGGAAAUAAAAUUAGGCCAGAAGGUGUCACAUCCUCCUCUUUACAUUGUUUAAAAAAACAAUAGGGAAGGCAUUUAUGCCCUGCUAUGAGAAAGGAUAGAUAUGAAUAGAGGAUGUGUACAUAUAGCCCUGGAAACCUUGCAAGAUGUGGGGGUUUUCCAUGGUGAGAUACAAUCUUUUCUGAUGUUCCUUUGGCCACAUCCUCUUGGUUACUUCCUAGUACUGGCUUUUCAAAAUGUGUGGAAGGAAGUUGAGUCUUGGGACAUCAGAGCCAAACCGCAUGUUACCUUAGACAAGCAUCUUCCAAAAAUGGCUACUGAGUGUCCUUCCUUCCUAUCUGAAAUCUUUCAGCCAAUAUAGCUAAGGAUGCUGUACAGGUCCUCGCUCUUACUCUACAUUACUGGCUGCCAAGAAAAUGCAAAUCUUUGUGAUACUGGGAUGUUGACACACUCCAUAGGUGUUACAAAUGGGCAGGAAGGAAAUUGACCCAUGACUGCUAUUUUGAGCCAUCCACAUGGCUGCCCCUUUUGGCUACUACAGUGGCGUCUUUUACUCCUGAUGUUUUAUUUGGCCCCUUAGGCAAGGCAGGCAUUUAGCAUCAGCUACUCUGUUAUGCCCAAAUGUCACAUUAUUAUUCCUCCUUCUCUUAGUGAUGGUAAAUAGGAGCAUAUGGAAGUUCAAUGGUACCAUUGCUUGGAAGAGAAUUCCAAGAGCUUUAGCUGGUCAGCGCCAGCCCAAAAUUGAGGAGGGGAGGUUUAAGACCACCCUUUGUAGCCUGACCACUUGGCCCUGGUUUUGCAGGGAGGAAAAUGGGACCAGGGAGAAGAAAAUAUAAAGCAGUUGGGAUAUAUUUGUUGUGGAUCAAAAAAAUUAUAUAUUAGGUGACUGUUUGUACAGAUUGCACCUUAAGUUUUGCUUUUGGUUGUUUUGAGUUUUGUUUUGUUUUUCUUUUGCUUGCAAGAUAUUUUUGUAAUAAAAUGUUCAAAGUCCUGCAUCGUCCCUUGUGUCUGUAUGAGUGAUGAUAACAGAGAUGACCUUGGGCAAAAUAUCAUGUUGACCAAAAUAUUAAACAUAACUUGCAAGUGAGGAAAAACCCAGAAAGCUAAUGCUC